AUGAUGCGCUCCCUACAUUCCCUGCUCGGGACGCUGGUGGCCUUUGCUCUUCUCGCUGCCGCCAACACCGUCGACUAUCACGAACAGCUGGUGCUUCAACCAUUGCCGCCAUCAAACCUGUUGGCAUCCUUCAACUUCCGUAGCAAUGAAUCCAGCACUGCAUUUGAGCAACAGAAUUACCGCUAUUUCCCCCGCUCUCUCGGUCAGAUUCUACAGCAUACACAUACGAAGGAACUGCAUCUACGAUUUACGACCGGACGAUGGGACGCGGAGAACUGGGGAGAACGACCCUGGCACGGUUUCAAGGAAGGGGGAACUGGAGUAGAGCUUUGGGCAUGGAUUGAAGCGCAGGACGCUGAUGCAGCUUUCAAAAAGUGGAUAUCGCUCACGCAGUCACUCUCCGGACUGUUUUGUGCGUCGAUGAAUUUUAUCGACUCGACACGGACUACCACCCCUUCACUUACGUUUACUCCAACGGGAUCUAUACCGCAUGAUGGACUACACCUUCUUCAUGGUACGCUGCCCGGCGAGGUUGUAUGCACGGAGAACUUGACACCAUUUUUGAAGCUUCUGCCGUGUAAAGGUAAAAGUGGCAUAUCGGGGUUAUUCGAUGGUCAUAAGCUCUUUGAUGCUUCAUGGCAGACUAUGUCUGUUGACGUUAGACCAGCUUGUGCGGACGAGUCCGGAGUCUGCCAUAUUGAGAUUGAGCAAACCGUUGACAUGGUACUUGACCUGGAUAGAUCAAAGCGGGCUAGAGACAACCCUAUUCCUCGUCCUGUGCCUGCAGGGGAGCUGAUUUGUGAUGAAUCCAAACCCUACCACUCCGGAGACUUUUGUUAUCCCAUAGGAGCGUCCCGAUCGCAGACAUGGAGCAUUGAAGAUGUCUUUGGACGAACAAUACCUUCCAGUUGCCCUCUUGGGAGAAAUGAUGCGCAGACUGUCUGUAUAAAGGUUCCCGAUAGCAUGGAGGUACUGCCCAGCUCAGGUGCAGCGGAAACGCGUGCAUCGGACGGGCAAUCACGCUGUUAUUCUCUACGCCCCAACCAGCCUUUCAAUCUAGUCGUCCCCGCACAGCACUCCAGUGCCAGCUCCUUGGAAACUCAAGUUGUGCACUUAGAAAGGACUAUAAUUGGUCAUGGUCAAGAGCGAGGUGGUCUCCGGUCUAUAUUAACGAACCCUUCGCAAACUGAUACUGCUAAUUUUGUCUACUUUGAAACGCUCCCCUGGUUUAUGCGCCCGUUUUUGCACACCAUGAAGACAAAGAUUAGUUAUGGGUCAGAACCUGCGGUUGAAGUACCGCUCUCAGACAUUAUCAAGGAUAUCUUUUACCGGCCUGCCAUUGACCGUCGUCGUGGCACCCAGCUAGAGCUCGUCUUGUCCGUUCCGCCAGCGUCGACAGUCACACUGGUAUACGAUUUCGAGAAGGCCAUCCUUCGGUAUACGGAAUAUCCACCAGAUGCCAACCGAGGCUUCAAUGUUGCUCCCGCCAUUGUUCGUGUUCUAAACAGGAACGAGUCGUCAAUGUCACCUCCCGUCUAUCUACGCACAACCAACCUUCUUCUCCCCCUGCCAACGCCUGACUUCAGCAUGCCAUAUAAUGUCAUCAUCCUGACAAGCACCGUCAUCGCCCUAGCGUUCGGAAACAUAUUCAAUGUUAUCAUCCGGCGGUUUGUCACUCUUGAGGAAGUACCUCGCAGGAACAUCAAAGCGCUUGUACUGGGGAGACUGGUGGCUCUUAAGAGCAAGCUAGGAAUAAAAAGUGCAGAGAAAGUAUCGUAA